UUAAGCGGCGGCGCAGAAAGUGGGUCAGCGAGACGUCGGCCCUGUGAGCACAUGCGAGACUGUCAUUUGGGAGACUUUUUUUUUAGAAAACCCUAUUUUCUUUAUUUAAAAUCCAAGCGGACGGAUGUGACGGUACUGAAGAGUGUUUCGUGAGGGAACCGCCGCUAAAACACACAAUGAUCUCCCGAUAUAAGCCGAGUCCCGGUUCCACCAUGUCCUGGGCAUUCUGUGGGAACGAGAAUAACUCGGUGGCCUACAACGUGGACAAGGGGGUCCUGAAUAACGGCUGUUUCCUGGACGCAAUCAAUGUGGUGCCACACGUCUUCCUCCUCUUCAUCACCUUCCCCAUCCUCUUCAUCGGCUGGGGCAGCCAAAGUUCAAAGGUCCACAUCCACCACAGCACCUGGCUUCACUUCCCGGGUCACAACUUGCGCUGGCUUCUCACCUUCGUCCUGCUCUUCAUCCUCGUAUGCGAGAUUGGAGAAGGCAUCGUCUCCGAUGGAUUCAGCAAAUCCCCUCAUCUUCACCUGUACAUGCCAGCAGGUCUAGCCUUCAUGGCUGGUAUCACCUCUAUCGUCUACUAUCAUAACAUUGAGACCUCCAACUUCCCCAAACUACUAUUAGCCCUGCUCAUCUACUGGGUGCUGGCCUUCGUCACAAAGACCAUCAAGUUCGCCAAGUACACCGAGCACGGCAUCAGCCCGAGGCAGCUACGCUACUGCAUCACCGGCCUGCUGGUGCUGCUGUAUGGGCUCCUGCUGGCCGUGGAGAUCAAUGUCAUUAUGGGACGGCGCUACAUGUGUUACGCCGAACCCACAGAGGUGAAGCCCCCUGAGGACCUCCAGGACCUGGGUGUUCGUUUCCUGCAGCCCUUCGUCAACCUGUUUUCUAAAGCCACCUACUGGUGGAUGAACACCUUCAUCACCGCCGCUCACAGGCGGCCCAUCGACCUCAAGGUCAUCGGCAAACUGCCCAUCGCCAUGAGAGCUCUCACCAACUACAUAAAGCUGCGGAAGGCCUUCGACGACCAAAAGGGACCAAAGUUGAUCUGGCAGGCGUUGAGGAAAGCAUUCGGCCGACCUCUCAUCCUCAGCAUCACAUUCCGCUUCCUGGCUGACUUGUUGGGCUUCGCCGGGCCCCUCUGCAUCUCCGGCAUCGUCCACCACAUCAGCAAGGACAACCGCACUAUUCAGCAGCCGAUGAAGUUGCUGGGAAUAUAUUUCAUUUCCUCCAAGGAAUUUCUCGAGAACGCAUAUGUGCUUGCUGUGCUCCUCUUCUUCGCCCUGCUCCUGCAGAGGACCUUUCUCCAAGCGUCCUACUACGUGGCCAUUGAAACGGGCAUCAACCUGCGCGGUGCCAUACAGACGAAGAUCUACAACAAGAUCAUGCGUCUGUGCACCUCCAACAUCUCCAUGGGCGAGUUAACCGUUGCUCAGAUAUGUAACCUGGUUGCCAUAGAUACAAACCAGCUCAUGUGGUUCUUUUUCCUGUGCCCUAACCUGUGGGCCAUGCCAGUUCAGAUCGUCGUAGGAGUGAUCCUGCUCUACUACCUCCUGGGAAUCAGUGCCUUGAUCGGGGCAACAGUCAUCGCUGUGUUAGCUCCAGUACAAUACUUUGUGGCCACCAAACUGUCCCAGACACAGAAGAGCACCCUGGAAUAUUCCAGUGAACGGCUGAAGAAGACCAACGAGCUGCUGCGAGGCAUCAAGCUGCUGAAGCUGUAUGCGUGGGAACGCAUCUUCUGUGACAGUGUGGAGGGGACGCGAGGCAAAGAGCUCACCAACCUGAAGGCCUUCGCUUUCUACACAUGCAUAUCCAUUUUCAUGAACGCAGCCAUUCCAAUCGCAGCCGUCUUGACCACGUUUGUGGUUCACGUUCAGAUCUCCGAGGACGCCGAUCUUUCCCCAGCUGUGGCCUUUGCCUCUCUGUCCCUCUUUCACAUCCUCGUCACCCCCCUCUUCCUGCUCUCCAGCGUCGUGCGCUCCACCGUGAAGGCUCUUGUUAGUGUUCAGAAGCUCAGCGAGUUUUUCUCGAGCGAUGAGAUUGGAGAUGAACAAGAUCCCCGCGUGACAUUAACCUCUGGCUCCAGCAAUCACAACCAGAAUAGAUACCAGGCCGUGCCUUCCUCUAAACCUCUCCCUUCAUCCUCCUCCUCCUCCUCCUCGUUGGCUCAACACCGUCAGCCCUUGAAGGUGGUAAACCGGAAGCAUCCCCCGAGGGACGACUGGAAAAACUACAACUCUCCGGGGGACCACGAGGGUGACGGACCCUACCAGGACAUGGACCAAGACAUCUGUUUCAAGAUUACCAGCGGCUAUUUCACCUGGACGGAUGGACCGCCAACACUCUCUAAUGUGGACAUCAAGAUUCCUUUUGGCAAGCUCACUAUGAUUGUGGGCCAGGUGGGUUGUGGAAAGUCGUCCCUGUUGCUGGCAGCACUGGGGGAAAUGCAGAGAGUAUCGGGAGUCGUCGCCUGGAACAGCCUGCCGAACCUGGAGUCUGAGGGAGAUGAAAGUCUCAAUGACAGAGAUGCAGCAGGUGACGGAGAAAUCAGGAAGAGAGGUGCCGUGGGCUACGCCUCCCAGAAGCCUUGGCUGUUGAAUGCGACGCUGGUGGAGAACAUCACCUUCGAGAUGCCCAUGAUCCAACCCAGGUACGAUGCUGUCAUUGAAGCCUGCUCCCUUCAGCCGGACAUCGACAUCCUCCCACAGGGCGACCAGACAGAGAUCGGUGAGCGGGGUAUCAUCCUGUCAGGGGGACAGAAACAGCGCAUCAGCGUGGCCAGAGCCCUGUACCAACAGACCAACGUGGUAUUUCUGGAUGAUCCAUUCUCUGCCUUAGACAUCCACCUGAGUGACCAUCUGAUGCAAGAUGGUAUUCUCAAGCUCCUGAGAGAGGAGAAAAGGACAGUGGUUUUGGUAACACACAAACUUCAGUAUUUACCACACGCAGACUGGAUCAUUGCCAUGAAAGAUGGCACUAUCCAGACAGAAGGGACUCUGAAAAACAUCCAGAAGUCGGAGCCUGAGCUGUUUGAGCAUUGGAAGACCCUGAUGCACAGACAAGACCAGGAGUUUGAGACGGAGACCGAGGCGGCGAGUAUGACCGAUCUGGAGAGGAAAAACCUCCGGAGGGCCAUGUACUCCAGAGAUGUCGCCAGGACCGAAGAGGACGAGGAAGGUGGAGCCCCUGAGGUGACUUGUGAGAUGCCUUCAGCUUUCUUGUUCAAUGGAGCAGAGGAAUCCGUGGAGAGCGAGGACGGCGAAAACCUGUCGCAGGUCAUGCGACACCGCGCCACCAUCCCCUGGCACUCCUGCGGCACCUACCUGUCCUCCGCCGGGGUCCUCCUGCUCACCGUGCUCCUGCUGUCCCAGCUCCUCAAACACACCCUCAUGGUCGCCAUCGACUACUGGCUGGCGCAUUGGACGUCCAACGUCAUUGCGGCCAAGAUCGCAGCGACGGCUCGCAAUUGUACCAUUGUCAAGACUUGUCACUCGUGGUAUCUGUCCGUGUUCAGCGUGCUGUGCUGCCUGGGCAUCGUCCUGUGUCUGGCCUCCUCCGUGGCUGUGGAGUGGACCGGCCUCAAAGUGGCCAAAGAGCUGCACCACGACCUGCUCAACAAGAUCAUCCUGGCACCCAUGAGGCUGUUUGAGACGACUCCGCUCGGCAGCAUCCUCAACAGGUUUUCCACAGACACAAACACAAUUGACCAGCACAUCCCCACCACCCUGGAGUGCCUCUCCCGCUCCACCCUGCUGUGCUUGUCCGCUCUGGGCGUCAUCUCCUACGUGACCCCCGUCUUUCUCAUCGCCCUCCUGCCGCUGGCCGUCGCCUGCUACUUCAUGCAGAAGUACUUCCGGGUGGCCUCCAGGGACCUGCAGCAGCUGGAGGACAGCACCCAACUCCCUCUGCUCUGCCACUUCUCUGAGACAGUGGAAGGUCUCACCACUAUAAGGGCCCUCAGGUACGAGCCCAGGUUCAGACAGAGGUUACUGCAGUACACGGACGCCAACAACAUCGCUUCCCUCUUCCGCACGGCGGCCAACCGUUGGCUGGAGGUCCGAAUGGAGUAUAUUGGAGCUUGUGUUGUGUUGGUGGCGGCUGUAACCUCCAUCAGUAAUUCUCUCUACAACCAGCUGACUCCCGGUCUGGUGGGGCUGGGACUGACCUACGCACUCCUGGUAUCCAACUACAUGAACUGGAUGGUGCGUAACCUGGCAGACAUGGAAGUGCAGCUCGGUUCAGUCAAGAGAAUUAACGGGCUGCUCAAAACUGAACCGGAGAAUUACGAGGGACUGCUCACUGUGUCUCAGGUCCCUGACUGCUGGCCCAGAGACGGAGAGAUCAAGAUCCAGAAUUUGAGUGUCCGAUAUGACGCCGCGCUGAAGCCAGUGCUCAAAAAUGUCAACUCCCACAUCCACCCCGGACAGAAGGUGGGAAUAUGUGGCAGGACGGGAAGCGGCAAGUCCUCUUUCUCCUUGGCCUUAUUCCGCAUGGUGGACAUGUUUGAAGGGAGGAUCAUCAUCGAUGGCAUUGACAUCGCCAAGCUGCCUCUGCAGACGCUCAGGUCUCGCUUGUCCAUCAUCCUUCAAGACCCCUUCCUGUUCAGCGGCGCCAUCCGGUUCAACCUGGACCCGGAGAUGAAGGCUACAGAUGAGAUGCUCUGGGAAGCUCUGGAGAUCGCUCAGCUGAAGCCUGUUGUUAAAUCCCUCCCAGGAGGCCUGGAUGCCAUGGUGACAGAGGGUGGAGAAAACUUCAGUCAGGGUCAGCGGCAGCUGUUCUGUCUGGCCAGAGCCUUCGUCAGGAAGAGCAGCAUCCUCAUCAUGGACGAAGCCACUGCUUCCAUAGACAUGGCAACGGAAAGCAUCCUGCAGAAAGUUGUGAUGACUGCUUUUGCGGACCGAACAGUAGUUACUAUAGCACAUCGCGUCCACACCAUCCUGAAUGCCGACCUAGUGAUUGUGAUGAAGCGGGGGAUAAUCCUGGAGUACGACAGGCCCCAGGCGCUGCUGGACAAGGAAGACAGCGUCUUUGCCUCCUUCGUACGGGCAGACAAAUAGCACAAGAGAGGAGAGGGAGAAGCGUUAGACGAAGCCAUUCAAAGUGCAAUUGUCCCAUCGAAGAUAUAUUCCUUUUAUUUUAUAAUUGUCUUGUAUAAUAUUUGUACAUACAAAGUAAAUGCUUUGUUAAUAAAACAUGAAUGAUCAUU